AUGAAUAUUGUAGAAUGGGCCUUCGGCAAGCGCAUGACGCCCGCCGAGCGCCUGCGCAAGCAUCAACGCGCCCUCGAGAAGACCCAACGCGAACUUGAUCGCGAACGCACAAAGCUCGAGAAUCAGGAGAAAAAGCUAGUCCAGGACAUUAAGAAGAAUGCAAAGAAUGGUCAAAUGGGCGCAGUCAAGAUCCAGGCCAAGGACCUUGUCAGGACGAGACGAUACAUUCAGAAGUUCUACCAGAUGCGCACUCAGCUGCAGGCCAUCUCAUUGCGUAUCCAGACUGUGCGCAGUAACGAGCAGAUGAUGCAAUCCAUGAAGGGUGCUACAAAGCUUCUCAGCGGCAUGAACAGGCAGAUGAACCUCCCCGCUCUCCAACGCAUCGCCAUGGAAUUCGAACGAGAGAACGAUAUUAUGGACCAACGGCAAGAGAUGAUGGACGACGCCAUCGACGAUGUGACGGGCUUGGAGGACGAAGAGGAGGGCGAGGAAGUCGUCAACCAAGUCCUGGAUGAGAUUGGUAUCGAUCUUGGCCAAGCUAUGGGCGAGACCCCGACCGGCUUGCAAAGCACCACUGUUGAGCAAGGCAAAGUGGCCCAAGCCAUUGGUGGUGAUCCUGGCGAUGACGAUCUCCAAGCCAGACUGGAUAGUUUGCGACGAUAA